UUUUGGUGCGUACUUGGGGUUAAAUUGUUAAAUGAUAGAGUUCGCUGUCCCCCACGAGACCCGCGUCUGCAAUGCCUCGGCUCAAUGCUCCCGCCCGCUGGGUGAAUUUGCCCGCAGCCGGAGCCAGGUUUCGGCACUCCGCUGCGAGAACUGGGAAUUCUUGAAACGAAAGUAUCGGAUAAACAAAAAAAUAAUUUAACCAAUCCCUUCCUUUCUCUCUCUCUCUGUGUGUGCGUUGCCUAUUUAACAUCUCGUUAAACAAAUACCUCUCUCCUCCCCUCCUCUGUAUUCUUUCUCGACUGCGGCGUUGGGCAGAUUACCUUCCUUCAAUUUCAUUUGUUCUUCUUUUGUUUAGAGACAGUAUUUAUCGGUUUCUUCGUUUCCCCGCUUGUCUCAACUGAGCCUGAAUUAAUCCCAUCUGGCACUGGGAACGUAACCCAACUAGCCCAUUGACAAGGCAAAGUCAACUCUCCAACUAAGGCCCCAUGGCCGGUCAGUCGAAGCCGGUGCGUCUUUCGCCCUUGCAAAGCGCCGUCGCAGGAGCCACAGGAGCUGUACUGGCAAACGGAUUAGUAUAUCCAUUAGACAUUGUAAAAACGCGGCUGCAAGUCCAAGUUAAAUCUUCAAAACUCGAAAACGGCCAUGUCCCCGGCAGCGACGAAGUCCACUAUGAUUCGACGAUAGACGCAAUCAACAAAAUCAUGGCAGAUGAGGGUAUCAAGGGUCUCUACUCCGGCAUCCAUGGCUCCCUCCUCGGAGUAGCGUCGACCAACUUCGCAUACUUCUACUGGUACACAAUUGUACGAACACUCUACAUGUCAUCGAACCGCGUACAGAAACCACCUGGUACCGCCGUCGAACUUAGCCUUGGAGCUGUUGCCGGUGCGAUUGCCCAGAUCUUCACAAUCCCAGUCUCGGUCAUUACAACCAGGCAACAGACGCAACCUAAAGGGGAAAAGAAGGGCCUAUUUGAUACGGGGAGGGAAGUAGUUAACAGCGAGGAUGGGUGGAGUGGAUUGUGGAGAGGCCUCAAAGCCAGCCUUGUUCUUGUGGUCAACCCUGCCAUUACAUACGGAGCCUAUCAGAGACUAAAGGACAUCAUAUUCCAAGGCAAGAACAGUCUGAAACCAUGGGAAGCUUUUAUUCUGGGUGCAACGUCCAAGUCCCUCGCGACCAUCGCAACCCAACCAUUAAUCGUCGCCAAAGUCGGGCUACAGUCCCGACCACCCGCGAUCCGACAAGGAAAACCGUUCAAGAGUUUUGGUGAAGUUAUGAGGUACAUCAUCGAGCAUGAGGGACCCCUAGCUUUAUUCAAAGGAAUUGGCCCACAAAUCCUGAAGGGCCUCCUGGUUCAGGGAUUCUUGAUGAUGACAAAGGAAAGACUUGAACUGCUCUUCAUCCUCUUUUUCGCGUCUCUUCAAAGGAUCAAACAGUCCAGAUCGAAGAAUGCUACAGAGCUGUCAGCAGAGAAGGCAGCUCAGAAAGCGAAAACCUUUCUGCCUGUAACGCUAAAAUAAAUGCCUUUUUUUUCUUUUUGGUUUUUAUCUUUCUUUACCUAUGUACUUUCUAAAUUUAAAUGUUCAUUUUCUCUCUUUUUUUGUAAUCAGUAAAGAUUUUUUUAUCUUUUAUACUAGAUAGUUGAGUUUUUUAUUUCAUAAACAUCUACAACAUGGAAAGCUUGUUUUAAAAUGACUUUCAUAUCAUACCGGAAAUGUAGGGUUAUUACACGACCGGAUUAUGAUUAUUUCAUCAUUUUAAUCAGCAACACAGUUGUCAAGCUGUUAUUAUUUAUUAUUAUUCUUCUUCUUCU